AUUCUUUCCAAAGAGUGGAACUAAUUAUGAGCCAGUAAUUGAAGGCCACCAAAAAGCCUUGUCAAUUACUCAGAUGAGCUCUCAGAAACUAUUACAAACUAGUUCUUUGAUCAGAUAAGUCAAGGUAAACAAAAAUAUUUGGAGAAUAUUUGUAAACGUGAUGUGAUGAACUUUAUCACACGGUCCGCGAUUAGUUAUCAAAACAAUAUAAUGAACCGGUUUUCUAGCUUAAUAUGCCAACUUUAUCAGUUUAAAAAAGCCAAUGCGUCUAGCCGCCGUCUGGCCUAAUAUUGAACCCGUUUUGCGUGGAUAAACGUCAAACGAAAAUCGUAUAAAUUGCUGAUGUGCCCAUCGCGACCGUGAUAGUAUUAAAAAGAACUUCGUGCAGUUAAUAUCCCCAAAAAUAAAUUAAAAUGAGACUCCUGUUGGUUGCGUUCAUUGCGGUAGCCACGAUUGCUUCGGCUUCGGCACAGUUUGGUUUUGGAGGAGGCUUUGGUGACGGAUUACAGCAGCAACAGCAGCAGCAGCAAGAAGGAUUCGGUGGUUUUGGUGGUGGAGAACAACAGCAGCAACAGCAGCAGCAAGAAGGAUUUGGAGGUUUUGGCGGCUUUGGUGGUGGAGAACAGCAGCAGGAACAGCAGCAGGAAGGCUUCAACGGCUUUGGUGGCGGUGGACAAGAGCAACAGCAGCAGCAGCAAGAAGGAUUCGGAGGCUUUUUUUAGCGCAUAGUUUAAAAACAAAUCAGUUUUAAUACUUUUGAAUUGUAGCGCCAAUAAACAACUGCUUGCAGGAAAUCUGUCAAGCAGUUACUGAUGUAAUUUAUUCGUAACUAAGCAGUGCGCUGCUUGCUUAGCUCAGGUCCUUACAUUCGCAUUUGGCCCAUAGAGGGCAACCAAUGCGAAGCAAGAAUAAUCGUUAAAAAUUAAAAAAGUUCAAUGGAGUGCCGAAUGAGGUCUGAUAAUACGAAACAUGAGAAAUAUUCCAUAAAUUUAAAGGUGCAACACUU